AUGGAGCAAAUUAUCACUUUAUUGAAGGACGUGCUUGAGCCGAGUGGGAACGAGUGCAAAACGGGUGGCGGUGAACGAGCCGUGUUGGUGUCAGGAUCACCCGCCAUGUACGAGGAUUGGCCGACACUCGAAUUUCCAGACCUCAGCAAGUCAAUAUUCGACCUUUUCACCAAGGCAACAAGUGAAUCGGUGUCUUCUGCACUUCUCUCUGAGCUCACAAGGUCAAUCAGCGAUGAUGAGGAUCAGGUACCAAUCAGGCUUCAAACUGAUGAGCAGUUAAGAUGGUGCAUGCAGGUGUUGAACUAUUCGCUCACGCUCUCUUUCACCACUCAUCGCGAAUUCGAGACGGUUCGUGGUGCAGUACGCAUCUAUCUGCAUUGGCUUAGAGCUUUGACUGAUUUUCCGGAAGGAAAUAUCCCAACGCCUUUGGUGGACACACCAGAGAAGUAUUUUAGGCGUUGCGACACCUGUUCUUGUCGUCGAAUUGAUGCUAGAGGAGAGGUCCCAAGGGGUUUGGCAAUUGAACGACAAGCACGCGAGGUUGAAACUGUCUUGGACGCCGUCCGGGAACUGACCCUAACAGCGAGUAGGAAAUACCAAAACGAGGUAUGGGCUCGUACUCUAAGCUUUCUACUCAAUUCAGCCGAUCUCCUCCUGGCAGAUCCACUUUUCCCAGAAGAAAUGGGUAUGCGCGUUGGAUCAAGAGUUGUGGAUACACUCUUUGACCUCUGGUUCCACGCAGUGCUCAACGAAGAGAUCCCUUCACCUACUUAUUGGCGAACGCUGGCCGCUUUAUGCCGACGAUGGCGCCAUCAUGUUACCGUCAUAGAAUCUUGGGCACGGAAACUCCUGGCAAUGACGGUUUUGGUGUGCCGCAGAAUGUAUGGAGAGGAUUACUGCAAAAUUGUUAUACGCGACGAAAGUAUCACUCCGUUUGCAUUCUUACCACCCGUUGAAGAGGAAGGCGAAGUUGAUUUGCUCUAUCAUAGCUGGUUCAAUCUGUUUUGUUUGCUGGAUUCACCAGCAGACAUCCUUUCACACGAUCUCAUGCAGAACAAACCCAUCAAUGGAGGCGUAUUGUGGUACGACGAGCCUAUAGAGGUGCAGCCGCCGGUAUCACUGCCUUUAUGUUUCUUUUUGGCGGCUACAGCAUUACAAAGGAUGGUUGAUGUGUUCUACGGUGACAGCGUUGUGCCCAUUGAAUUCAAAGAGUCUGGAAUUCUGGUCCAAAAGUGGAACAUGGCAGCACCGACUCCAUCUAUUGGCUCUGAAGUGACUGGAAGCCGUACUCGUAGUGACUUUGGUCGCGAAAAGUCGAGUACUGUGACGGAAUCUACAGGGACGUCUCGCGAUACUCGCGAUACUGAUGGAACCUUAACGCAUGAUUCACGUGGUUCCUUUUCUUCUUCAACAAGUGUGAAAGAAGGACGUAGCAUGUCUGAUAUGACGAAGCGUUCAGUUCGGACGAAACAGUCAGAGCGUAUAAGCGACGAUCACAGUGGGACGAACAUGAGUGCUUCGCAACACUCGCAACAUUCGCAGCAUAUAAGUGUUACAAGCGCCAGUCGUCAUACCAGUGAUCAGAUCUCUCCCAAAGCUUCUGAAAGUGUAAGCCAAGGGCGUAUAACGGAAACGAAACAAUCACCAAUGUCGGCCGAAAGCUCUUUACGUCCACUUGCUCUGCAUGGUGAACGCUUACUUGAAAUAAUUUGCAGAUCUCUCCCAAAGUCUUCUGAAAGUGUAAGCCAAGGGCGUAUAACGGAAACGAAACAAUCACCAAUGCCGGCCGAAAGCUCUUUACGUCCACUUGCUCUGCAGUUUGUGGCACACACACUUGCAGUGAAUCCGGCCUAUAUACCAUGGGUGGACGAAAAGGGGCCGAAGGCCGAACGCAUUUUGGAUUUGACCAUGGAAUGGCUAUUGGCGGCGACACGAGCGAAGUCGGAGUGCAAAGCGAAAGCCGAAGUGACUGAUGGUGAGUAA